AUGGUGCAGGACAAUCAGACCUCGAUCAACAUCCCGCAGCUCAUCGCUGUCGCCUUCGUUGGCUUCCUAGCCAUCCGAUGGUUCAUGAGCAAACCUGUCGGAGGCAGCAACGCCCGCGCAUCUUCCACGUCCUCCAGAUCUUCCACAGGAUCAUCAUCACGGCGAUCGAAUAUCGACAUCAACAAAAUCGAACAAGUCUCCGCCGUCUUCCCACAACUCGACCGCCGCACCAUCGCAUGGGACUUACAUCACAACGGAGGCAAUGUGCAAGGCACCAUGGAGCGCAUCCUCAGCGGCCGCGGACUCGAUACUCCGCCGCCUACUUUCCAACCGAACUUGCCUGCGCCCGUCGAGGCGAGCGGAAGCACUGCGAUAGCGGCCGUCCAAGCCCACACCGCCGCCAAGCUCAGUCUUGCUUCGUCCUCAGGGACCGAUCUUAUCACUCGGUAUAACCUGCAAUCGCGGGUCAACGGCAAGGGUAAGGAGCCUGUAUUGAGCGAGGAGGCGCAGAAGAAGCAGAGUGGGUGGAGCGCGGACAAGAACGCCCGCGCUGAAGCGCUGAAGCGGAGACGCGAGGAGAUGGUCUUGGCCGCUAGGAGGAAGAUGGAGGAGAAGGACGCCGCGACGGCGGCGUGA